UCAGCCCUCAUGGACACCCGCCUGCUGCUGCUGCUACCCCUUACGCUCGUGUUCACUCAGGACAAUGUCGAAAUUCCAAAGUUCAGUGAAGGAAUAUCCAACGUGACUAUUCCAGUUGGUCGAGAGGCAGUUCUUACAUGCGUAGUCGAAGACCUCGCCAACUACAAGUGGCAGGUGGCAUGGCUGCGAGUGGACACUCAAACCAUCCUGACGAUCCAUGGUCACGUGAUCACCAAGAACCACAGGAUAGCGGUGACUCACAGUGACCACCGCACCUGGUACCUACACAUCAAAGAUGUUAGACAGACAGACAAGGGCUGGUACAUGUGCCAGAUCAACACAGACCCUAUGAAGAGUCAGGUCGGCUAUUUGGAAGUAGUAGUGCCCCCAGACAUCCUGGACUAUCCUACAAGCACGGAUAUGGUAAUAAGAGAGGGUCAGAACGUGACCUUGAGAUGCGCUGCGUCAGGUUCCCCCACUCCCAACGUGACGUGGAGGAGAGAAGGAGGCGAGGGCAUCCCCCUUGGCAAUGGACAAGAAGUAUCAACUAUUGAAGGCUCGACAUUCAACAUAUCCCGGGUUAACAGACUGCACAUGGGUGCCUACCUCUGCAUCGCCUCCAAUGGUGUACCUCCCUCUGUCAGCAAGAGGAUUAUGCUUAUUGUUCAUUUUCCGCCAAUGAUCACGAUCCAGAACCAGCUGGUGGGUGCCAUGUUGGGACAGUCUAUGACCUUGGAGUGUCAUUCAGAGGCGUACCCCAAAUCCAUCAACUACUGGACAAAAGAUAAGGGGGACAUCAUUGCACACGGGCCUAAGUACGAGCCAGUGCUGGUGGACAACGCGUAUAAAGUACAGAUGAAGCUGACAAUUCGAUCUGUGACUCAAGCAGACUAUGGCGCCUAUCGUUGUGUCUCCAAGAACUCACUGGGAGAGACUGACGGGAGCAUCAAACUAUACCAAAUUCCAACUCCAACUACAAUAGCUACUACGCCACCAACUACGCAAAUUAUAUUUACGAUGAUUCAAGAGAUCCCUACUCCGCCACGUCCGAAGGAACGAGAGAAGGAGCGUCCCAGCAUUAACCAAGAGAGCAACGACCUCAGAUUGAUGCUAGAAGGAGUCAAUUUCAACACAGGCAUCGAUAAGACCAGGAAAGGGAUGAGGGACAACAGGCUGGUAGCAGGAGAGGCAGACCGCUCCAGACUAUCCAGUGACGUCAGGGGUUAUCCAUCCCUCAGUGUCUUCAUGUUCCUGUUCCUUACCUCGUUAAUUUUAGUGUUUUAGACCAUCCGCUGCUAUAUCAUAUCGGGCUAUAUCUUUUAUAAACUAACUUUACACUUUAUUACAAAAACAUUAUCGGUUACAGUCUUUUCACACGUUUCAUAGUUGUUACAAAGUAUAUUAUGACAUUUUUAUAAUACAAAGACACGACUGAGAACUGCAAUUAAUAGUGGUAUAUUUAUUUUAUAAUAAAGAAUGGUAAAUUGUGAAAUUUUAUUUCUGGCACUUUACAUACAUGUAUCAUGAAGCUAUGUAAUAUUUAAUAUGUUAAAUAUAUGUUUAUUUAAAAUUUUGUAUUUACCAUAGUAUUUAAAAUUUUAUGAAUUAAAUAUACGAAUUUGUAUUUAAUUAUUGGCUUAAGACCAAAGAUCUUAAUGGUGUGAAUCAAUGUACAGAAAGAUUAAAAUUGUAUAGAAUGUAAAUAGAAAAAUGUAAAAAAAGAUUCAAAUAUUUGAACUGAAAUUCUUUGUAAAAUGCUCAAAAACGGUUGUGUAUAUUACUAAUAAUUUCAUCACAAGCAUAAUUUUCUUUAUUUUCAGUGUAAUUCAAAUAAAUAUUAAUAUAUGUAAAAAUAUAUGCGUGUUAAAUGAUAUUUUUGACGGAAAUAUCUGUCCCAAAAUAUGUAUAAAACAUAAACCCGCAAUAUGUUAGUAAUUUAUAGUUUAUGGAUCUCCUGACUGGUAUGAUUUUAGGAACACCAUGUUGUAAAUCAUUGUUGUAAAUAAACAGUUUAUAUUGCUAUUA